AUCCUCCUCCAUGCUUUUUACGUGCGGGGUAUGAUUUUUAGCAAGAAAAAUUAGACUGAAACCACGAAAAAAAAAGGUUUUUAUAAACAGGAUAAGUGUUGAAGACCAGAGAUCAACUAAAGGGGUGUGAAAUUCCAAAAUGUCUGCUUUGCUGAGGAGAGCCAGCAUGCUGCUGUUAACGAGAAUGAGGAAUCAUCCAUCAAAUCACAGUUUGAGAACCAUUUAUUCUGUAACCAAAAGGUCUCCCAGUUCAGUCAGUCACCAGCUACCAAGAGCACUGUCAGUAUUGCAUCCUCAAGUACAGGAAGUGGAUUCAAAUGGAAAAGAGCUUGAAUCAGGAGACUUCUCAAAAUUUAGAUUAUCUCAAGAAACUGUUGAGCUUCUGAAAGCAAAGAACAUUACUCAUCUUUUCCCAAUCCAAAGUGAGACGUUUGACUUCAUUUAUAAUGGUGAAGAUGUUAUGGCUCAAGCAAGGACAGGCACUGGGAAGACACUGUCCUUUAUACUACCUCUAAUUGAAAAACUCAAGUUAGAAAAUCGGUCUGAAUCUUAUAGACAAGCUCCAAAGGUGUUGGUUUUGGCACCAACAAGGGAACUUUGUAAACAGAUUGGUGGUGAAUUUGACUAUUUCAAAUCAGGUCUAAAAGUGGGCUGCUUUUAUGGAGGAGUUCCAGUCGGUCCCCAAGCUGAUGCAAUUGAAAGAGGUCUGGAUAUUGUAGUUGGAACACCAGGAAGACUCAUGGAUCACGUGGUUAACGGAAGUCUAAACCUCAGAGAGUUGAGUUUUCGCGAGGGAAAGGUUCGAUGUCUUGUAGCCACAGAUGUUGCAGCAAGAGGUCUGGAUAUCCCUGAAGUGGACCUGGUUGUUCUAACGCAACCACCAAAGGAUCUUGACAUGUACAUCCAUCGUUCAGGAAGAACGGGCAGGGCUGGCCGUAAUGGAGUAAGCGUUGUAAUUCACGGUCCAGGUCAGCAGGCGCAGUUGCGUGCAGUGGAGAAAAGUACUGGAAUCAAAUUUAAGCGCAUUACACCUCCAUCAGCAGACGAUAUCAUUAAGGCGUCUGCUUCAGAUGCAGAAAGGUUUAUUGAAGAAAUUUCUCCUGAUGUGGUGGAGAAGUUCCGAGAUUUUGCUCAAGCGCUGGUGGAAAAACUUGGAGCUGUUGAAGCAUUAGCAGCUGCACUGGCGCACAUCUCCAACACGAAAGAGAUCAAAUCGCGUUCUCUCAUAACAGGCGAAGAGGGUUUCAUCACCUACUUAUUGAAAUCUCGUUUGGAGAUGUCUGGAACAGGCUUCAUAUGGAAGGCACUGGAAACGUUCCCAGAGAUAAAAAGACAUGUGCGCAACAUGAGACUCUGUCAGGACAGUAUGGGUGUGGUAAUGGAUGUGCCUGAUCAUCUCGAAGAUUUAAUGGGGGUUGAAAAUCUUCUUAAGGAAAGGAGAAUUUCUGCUGUAGAGAAAAUAUCCGAACUGCCAGAGUUGAGGCAAAGACCGCAACGCAGUGACACGAGAGAUACGAGGUCGAUUCGCAGUUACGGUGAAAUGGAUCGAAGAUUUGGUGCAAAGACAGGCGGUUUUCGUGAAAGACGUGAAAGUUAUGGUGGACGACAGUCUUUUCGAAGAUCUUCUGAAUUUGGAAGAACGUCAGAAGUUCUGAAAAGGUGGCAGUAACGACUCAAACGAACUGUGGCUGUGAAAUUUUGGGGAGGACAGUCAGGUUUUAUUCACGCAGGGCGUUAAAUUUCAGCUGGUUCCUCCAAACGAGGUUUUAGCUUUAAAGCUUAUUAUUUGAUCGAAUUUUCCUGUGAAUAAUUUCUUUCUGAAAUGUAUCAUGUGUUCAGUGAUCAUUUCAAUCAGAUUCCUUUCAUGAAUAUUUCUUGGCUUCGUAUUGAAAGGAAUCAAGACAUUGUUGAAGGUUCAGUCCAUAUUGCAAACGCUGUUUCUAAAGUUACUAUAAGCUUUUUACUAAAAUUAUUUUACCUUACGUAAAUUAGUAUUUGAAUAACUUACUGAAAGGUGUAUGUUAUUAUUGAAAAAAAGAACUGCAAGCAUAUUAGUUUAAUUUCGCUAUUAACUUGAGCGCGACUUUCCCCACUCUGCUAGAAGCUCACCAAUAAAUUUUCUGCCGCUCAAUUCGCAGAUAA